UCCCGUCCGUCACUUCCAAUUUCAGCAUGUCUCAAGUUCGUGCUUCGCACUUGCUCAUCAAGCACCGCGGGUCCCGCCGCCCUGCGUCGCGCUUGAGUGACAACAUUACGCGCUCCAAGGAAGAAGCCAUCGAAAUGCUCCUUGCUCUCCGCGCCAAGAUCGUGUCGGGAGAAGCUCGCUUUGAAGAUUUGGCCGUGCAAUACAGCGACUGCAGCAGUGGGGUUCGUGGUGGUGACUUGGGUCCGUUUGGUCGUGGCAUGAUGCAAAAGCCAUUUGAGGAUGCCUCGUUUGGGUUGCCUGUCGGUGAACUCAGCGGCGUUGUGGACACGGAUAGCGGCGUCCACAUUAUCCUUCGCACCGCAUAAUGACGUGGCUCAACGUCGCCCUCUAAAAUUUCAAUCAAUCGAUUCAUUUGUUUGAAGCUAUUAUUCUGCCACAACAUCCCCAUGGAAAUUUAGUGUACAACCGACGACUGUCGAUGCCGACGCGGACCAAGCGAAGUGUAGUAUUCUAACCUUUCUUG